GCAGCUGUGGAGGCCGAAAAGUGCGCCAAGAUCGCCAAGGAGGUGUCUGUCCAGCAGGCCGACUGCGAGAAGGACCUGGCGGCUGCCAUUCCACUGGUGAAGCAAGCCGAGGCUGCUCUGGAUGUGCUGGACAAGAAGGAUUUCCAGGAGUUGAAGGCCUUGGCGAAGCCACCCGGAGGUGUCGACCUGGUUCUGGAGGCCGCCAUGCACCUGCAGGCCGGCUACGACGAGAACAUCGAGCUGGACAAGAAGGGGGCAGUGAAGGACCCAACAUGGAAGGGAGCUCAGAAGAUGAUGAACAACCCUGAGAAGUUCCUGAUCAACCUGAAAGGCUUCAAGGGGCACAUCGAUGACGGCAAGGUGCCCCAGGUCAACGUGGAGCGGGCGCGCAAGAUCCAAAAGGACAUGGGCGACGACUUCAGUCAG